CUCUUGAACCUGUCUUGGACGUUGAAUGCAUGUCAAAUCUACAGACACAGCGCGAGCAAGCACCCAGUUCCCUGUCUGUGGGUUUGCUAAGAAAGCCACAAACCCAAAUAUUAUAGGUAGAUGCACGAGUCACCGAACAGGAAAAGUCCGCUUGAUAUCCACUUAUCACCUGCGCGCAAACAUAUUUAGCCACACUGAUCCAAAUGUAACUCGUGAACAGCAAGUGCAACAAGGGUGCGUGAAAAUAUGUGACGACAAGGGCUGUUCCCGUGUAAAAAAAGAAAAAAAAAGAAAUCUCCAGUCAGGUUGUGCUGUGUCACGUGGUGCGAGUAGGACGGCCAUUUUUCUAAAACACAAACAACAAGAGCAGCGAGCGAGCCUGGACAUAAACACGCAGCGACCGUUGGAGAGGAGGAAAAAAAUAAUUAAUUAAAGAAAAAAAUAGACCAUACAUUUUACAUAAAAUAUUAAACGCAAAGGUUCACCGGAGAACGACGUCAAAAAGGAAGGACGAAGACAAAUGCGUACAAUUGAGGAGUAUACACAAAAAAAUCUCGACUGAAAAAAAACAUUGCUUGCUAUCUUCAGAAAGAAGGAGUUUGGAGGGAAGAAAACGGUAAAAAAAAACAAAACAAAAAAAAUAAACAUUUGAUCCCCGUGACCAGAAGGGGGGUACCUGGAAGGACCUGGUGGAAGGACCUGGUGAAACGACGUUUCGUCGUUCAGAGGAAGAGCGGGAGAGAGGGAGGGAGAGACUUGCCUCUGCUGGAGACAGCUGUUCCUUCUCCUUUCCUUUUUUUUUUUUUUUUUUUUUUAAAUUCGUUUAUUUGUCGAUUAUUAUUUAUGUCACAUUGUCAUAUUAGCAUCUUUGUUGAAGUCGGUGAUCUCUAGGCAUUUUUUUUUCUUCUUUCCUCCGGAUAUUAUUUCUGUUUGUUUUUGCCGUUUUGUUUGUUUUUUUUGUUUUGUUUGUUUGUUUGUUUGUUGUUUUUGUUUUGGCUGUGAGCAGUUAUCUCCUUGCCGGGUUCCUGUGUUUUGGCCCCCCCCACACACACCCCCCCCCCCUCAACCUCCAAGCAGGCAGCUAUUCUCGUUCUGUCGGGGGGAGUUCUGCUAUCACUGCAGGCACAGACACAGCACCACCACUCGGCCUUCUCACCCAAGCCUGACCCGGUCUCACCCGCUCCCGGCCCAGUCCAGCUCAGUCCAGCCCAGUCCAGCCUGGUCCACUCCUCUGGACAGGAAACUCUGCCCCUUGUGGUCGUGAGGAAUAUGACUGCUGAGACUCUAAACUUCGGCCCAGAAUGGCUUCGUGCACUAUCCAGUGGGGGGAGUGUGACCUCACCGCCCCCUUCCCCCGCCAUGCCAAAGUACAAGCUGGCCGAGUACCGCUACGGCAGAGAGGAGAUGUUAGCACUUUAUGUCAAAGACAACAAGGUCCCAGAGGACAUGCAGGAUAAGGAGUUCUCCGCUAUCCUGCAGGAUGAGCCACUGCAGCCCCUGGCCCUCGUGCCUCUGACUGAGGAGGAGCAGAGGAACUUCUCCAUGUCCGUGAAUAGUGUGGCUGUGCUGAGGCUCAUGGGAAAAGGAGGCGGGGCCAUCCCUGCGGGUGUGCCCAGGGGCCGAGGCAGCACAAGAGGCGGCAGAGGGCGUGGGAGGGGCGAGGGUGGAUUCUACCAAAGAAGUAUUGAGGACGGAGAAGUUGGCUUCAGUCGGACCGGCAGAGAGAUCCACCGCAGCCAAAGCUGGGACGACAGAGGGGAGCGGCGGUUCGAGAAGCCGCUCAGACGGGACGGGGUGCGCGUCGGCUUCGAAGAGGCGGGGCCAGCCGUGCGGAAGGACUACACGCGCUCGGACAGCGAGAACUGGCGGACCCUCCGGGAGGAGCACGAGGAGGAGGAGGGGGGCGAGCCGGGGGGCAGCUGGAGGCUGGCGGGGGCGCGCAGAGACGACGGCGGCCCGCGGUCGGCAGGAUGGCGGGAGCACGGGGGCGCGGCGGAGGGUCGGCGCAGGAAGUUUGAGUUUGAUUUCCGGGAGCACGGCGAGGGGGGGCGCAGGCGAGCGGGGAGCGAGGGGCUGGAGGACGAGCGGGACGGCCUGCCCGAGUGGUGCACCGACGAGGAGGACGGGGAGAUGGGCACCUUCGACUCCUCCGGGGCCUUCCUGCCCAUCAAGAAGGGCUCUAAGGACCCCAUUCCAGAGGAACUGGACUUCCAGGGUCUUGAGGACGAAGAAGAAGAGGGCAGCCCCAACCAGGAGAGGAAGGACAGCGGUGGGGAGAGAGAAGUUAAAGAGGCAGCUGUCAGUGUUGAGAGGGAGGCGAAAUCCGUGGCUCCCCCUUCUCCCCCCGCCCUGUCGGCCCCCCCAGCCCUGGUCAGCGAGCCCCAGACCGCGCCCUGUGAACCGGAGCCCCCCCAGGCACCCGCCGCCCACCCCCCCAAGGCCAGCAAGAUGUCAAACGAAGAGGGUGCACCAGCAGGGGGCGCCACUCAACUGAGCCCCGGCACUUCCUCAAGCCUGUCUUCAUCCCCUCCUUCCUCAACUGCUGCUAUUGACCUCCCACCGCCAGGGGGCGACGCUGAGGAUGAUGAGGGCAUGAAGCACCUGCAGCAGGAAGCGGAGAAGAUGGUGGCGUCGCUGCAGGACACGUCUCUGGAGGAGGAGAGCUUCACUCAGACUCUGCAGGAGAGCCGCAACACAGCCGCCGCCCUGCCGCUCUCCCACGAGGCCGCCAUGAAGUGGUUCUACAAGGACCCGCAGGGGGAGAUACAGGGGCCCUUCAGCACUCUGGAGAUGUCGGAGUGGUUCCAGGCGGGGUACUUCACCAUGACCCUGCUGGUGAAGCGGGGGUGCGACGAGGGGUUCCAGCCCCUGGGCGACGUCAUCAAGAUGUGGGGGCGCGUGCCUUUCGCCCCCGGCCCCUCCCCGCCCCCGCUGCUGGUGAGACAACCCCCACGCCCUCCACAGGCCCGGGGGCCCUCUGGUAACAUGGACCAGGAGAGGCUGAAGAAGCAGCAGGAGCUGGCGGCUGCAGCAGCACUCUACCAGCAGCUCCAGCAACAGCAGCUUUUCCAGCUCAUCAACAGGUGUGGAGAGCAGAGCAUGAUGCCUUCGAUGAACAGGUCGAUGUCAGUGCCAGACACAGGGUCCAUGUGGGACAUGCAUACCUCAGCUUCACAGCAACAAGGCAGUGAAGCCACUUUAUGGGACUUAACAAUGAAUUCUUCAACUCAGGGUCCAACUCUCGAACAGCUUCAGAAGCUCCAGCAGGAGAGGCGUGAUGCUGAACUCAGGGCGAAGCGAGAGGAGGAGGAGCGGAAGCGCAGAGAGGAGAAGAGGAGGCAGCAGCAGGAGGAGCAGAAGAGACGCGAGGAGGAGGAGCUCUACCGGCGCAAACAGUGCCGGCAGCAGCAGGAGCUGAUCAUGAAGCUGCUCCAGCAGAGCCAGCAGCAGGCCGCUGCCCAGUCCAGCCCGGGGUGGAGCGGGGGUCCCGCCCCCCAGCUGCCCAAAUCCAACAAGGGCCUGAGCCUGCUGGAGCUGCAGCAGGAGGCCGAGAGGCAGCUCCACAAGCAGCAGCAGAGGGCCCAGCACCAGCAGAGAGACAGGGUGCACGGCGGCCUGUCGAUGGGGAGCUCGGGCGUGUCCUCGCUGGGGGUGCAGUGGGGCGAGGGAGCGGGCGGCCUGUGGGGCGGGGCCGGGAUGGAGGGGAAGUCGGGCGGGGCCGGCGGCAGCUCUGGGAUGGGCAUGUGGGACGAGGCGGUGAAGAACCAGGCCGGCAUUCGGAGCAUGGGCCUGAAGAACAGCCGGAGCAGCCCCUCCCUCAGUGAGCAGUACAUGCUGAACAGACGCAAGCGCACUGAGGAAGAGGAGAAGCUGCUGAAGCUGCUCCAGGGCAUGAAGCCGCAGGAUGGCUUCACCACCUGGUGUGAGCAGAUGCUGCACGCACUCAACUCCUCCGCCAACAACUCAUCCUCCUCCCUCCACGUGGCCACCAUCGUGGCCUACCUGAAGGAGGUGGAGUCCCCCUACGAGGUCCUCGACUUCAUCCGCUCCUACCUGGGCGACACCGUGGAAGCCAAAGAGUUUGCCAAACAGUUCCUGGAGCGCCGUGCCAAACAGAAGGCCAACCACCAGAGGCAGCAGCAGCAGCAGCAACAGCAGCAGCUAUCGAAAGAAAUCGCUGGGUUGACCAUGACCUUCCCGCUCCAGGACUCCUCGCGGGGGGUGAACCCCAGCUCUCUGCAGACAGUGUUCCAGGCGGCCCACGCGGGGAAGGGCGGGGUUUACGACACCCAGGCGGGGAAGCUGAAGAAGAAGCCGCCCAUGAUGCUGCACUCCGACCCCAGCAUCUUAGGAUAUUCCUUCCACAGCGCUGGGGACAGACUGAGCCUGAAUGAGAUGGAGGUGGUGGAGGAUUACUGAUCCACAGCAAUAACUACCUGAGGCCUUUGUCUAAUAAUCAGAUCUUCUGAUGAGGAAUGUGCACUGCUAGGGGAGGGGGAGAGGGGGCAAGGAGAAGGCCCGUAG